GCAAGCUAUAUUGUACCGGGUACUAGUUAAUCAACCAACAUAUCCUUAGGUCAGUUGUAACUGGAGUUACGCUACCCUGCGGCCAUGUGUGAACAGGAUGCGAACUACAAGUGGGCAAGGAAGAAUCGUCCAAACAUGAUUAUUAAGUCUGGCAUGUGCGCAAGAGCGCUUUUACACUAGCCCACAGGGGCCUGCUGUCGCGUAGCCUAGCGAGCGAAUGGGCCAUGUCCUCAGCCUGUAAGAACCUGUUUGGACUUACCCAGUACAAUGGAAGAUGCGAGUUUUUUGGUACAGGACCAGCGGUGCUGCCGGAGGGGCUUGGCUGGUUUAUUUUGGUCGGAUUGGGCGCCGUUUUCGCUUGUAUUCCAACCCUUUUAGUGUGGCUUGACAGGAAGUUCGGUGGCUUCGGCCGUGACUCGGAGAGCUUCUCCACCGCCGGCCGCAGCAUCAAGGCGGGGCUGACCGCGUGUGACGUGGUGGCCAAAUGGACCUGGGCUGCGACGCUGCUGCAGUCCGCUAAUGUGGCCUACACGCUGGGAGUGGCGGGGCCUUUCUGGUACGCGGCAGGCGCCACCGUGCAGGUGCUGCUGUUCGCCAUCCUGGCCGUGGAGGUGAAGCGCAAGGCGCCCACCAUCCACACCUUCCUGGAGAUCAUCCGCUGCCGCUGGGGCACCCCCGCGCACCUGCUCUUCAGCGCCUACGCCUUCCUCACCAACCUGGUGGUCACCGCCAUGCUCAUCCUGGGCGGCGCGGCGGUGAUCGAGGCGCUGUCGGGCGUGUCUGUGUAUGCGGCCUCCUUCCUCAUUCCCGCGGGGGUGAUGGUCUACACGGCGGUGGGGGGGCUGAAGGGCACGGUGGUUGCGGAGUGGCUGAAUGUGUGUGUGGUGUACAUCGCGUUGUUGGUGUUUAUGUUCCAGGUGUAUGCGACGCACCGGGACCUGGGCAGCAUUGCCACGGUGUAUUUGCGGCUGCGCGCGGUGGAGGCGAAGCACCCGGUGGCGGACAAUGCGGGCGGCUCGUACGUGACGCUGCUGAGCAAGUCGGGGGUGAUAUUCGGCAUCAUCAACAUCGUGGGCAACUUCGGCACCGUCUUCGUGGACCAGUCCUACUGGCAGGGAGCCAUCGCCGCCAAGCCCUCCGCCACCUACCGCGGCUACCUGCUGGGUGGGCUGUGCUGGUUCGCCAUCCCCUUCACAUUCGCAACCACCAUGGGGCUGGGCGCGCGCGCCCUGGACCUGCCCAUCAGCCGGCUGGAGGCCAACCGGGGGCUGGUGCCCCCAGCGCUGGCGGUGCACCUGAUGGGGCGGGGCGGCGCGUUCCUCAUGACGCUGCAGCUGUUCAUGGCCGUCACCUCCACCGCCUGCGCGGAGCAGAUGGCGGUUGCAACCAUCGUGGCUUACGACAUCUACAAACCCUACAUCAACCGCAACGCCGACGGCAGGCGCAUGAUUCGGCUGCAACGCAUCAUGGUCGUCGUAUACGCCAUCUUUUCCGGGAUCAUCGCCGUGAUUCUCCUUAAAUUAAACGUGCCACUUAGCUGGGUUUACAUGGUCAUGGGGAUCCUGAUUGGAUCCGCGGUUUUUCCGAUUGCGGCAUCUUUGACUUGGUCAAAGUGCUCCGCAACAGCUGCAUGCGUGUCGGCGGUCGUUACAUCACCGUUGGCAAUUGCGACGUGGUUAAUAACGGCCGCGAAACUGAAUGAUGGAGUGCUUAAUUUGGACACGACGGGCCAGGACUACCCCAUGCUGGCAGGCAACCUGGUGGCGUUGUUCUUUUCGAUGGCGCUGUGUGUCGUACUGUCGUACAUUUUUCCGCAGGAUUUCGACUGGGCGGAGCUGCGCAACAUUCCGGUCAUCGAGUCCGACCCCAAUUCCGACCCCAACAACUUUGACGGCGAGGACUCCCCCGAGGCGCUCAACAAGGUUGUUCGCUUCACAUGGGCCACCGCCGGCAUCCUGACGCUGCUCCUGCUGCUGCUGUGGCCGCUGCUGGCGCUGCCGGCCCGGGUGUUUAGCCAGGAAUACUUCACGUUCUGGGUGAUGGUUGCGAUGGUGUGGGGUAUUGUGGCCUCCGCGGUCUGCAUCAUGCUGCCAGUUAUCGAGGCAUCGGACCUGGUGCUAGCGGUGCUGCGGGGCAGACGGCUGGGAGCGGGCGGGGGCGGGGGCGGGCGGGGCGGCGGCAGUGUGGGCGGCUCCUCCUCCUGCUCGGCGCAUGGGGGCAAGGAGGGCGCGGGUCUGGUCAUGAUGGCUGGUUCGAUGGUGGCCGCAGCGAGCGGGGUGCCAGCGCCGUUCCUGGCCGCACAAGCGCAGCAGCCGCAGCUGCAGAUGCAGCUGUCAGCGGUGUUGCCGGCGCA